CACGCCAAAAUAAAAGCCGCCCAUGUGCCUAAGCUGUGAUUGUUCUUACUUGAGAGCUAGCGCAUUUUUGUGGCAUUCGUGAAUUUCUAAAUUUUUGAUACCCUCCAGUCUCAAUUUUGUUACAUCGAUCUUGUCAGAUUAAUUCAUCAAUUUAUCAAUAUCUCAAAAAACUUUUAUAAAAUACUUUCGGCAUCUAUCCAUUAAUCUAAUCUAGGUUAGCGGUUCACUACCAGCGAGAUAGAAGUUGAUUCUCUACUUAUUCAAAAAAUGACUGAUUUUGUUGAUCUUGGAUUUGCCGUGGAGUGCGAAGAUCCUUGGCUAUUAGAAAGUAGAUUUUUUCCCAGUAAAGUGGGUGGUAAACCAGCAUGGUUAAGCUUAAAAAACAUACCGAAUUCCGAAAAACUUGCAUGCGAUUACUGUAAAGAACCUACUGUUUUCUUGUGUCAAAUAUACGCACCUUAUGAAAAAACUGAGAAAGCUUUCCAUAGAACUAUUUUUGUAUUCAUCUGUAAAAAUUCUUCAUGCUGCAAAGAAAAUUCCAAUGGAAACUUGAAAAUAUUUAGAUCACAGUUGGAGCGAGUGAAUGAGUUUUAUCCUGCAAUACCACCAGUGGAAGAAUGCAAUUGGCGAACUGAUUUGCGUAUAGAGAAUUUGGUUGACAUUUGUUUUGUGUGCGGAAUUGCUGCUCCAUAUAAAUGUUCAAAAUGUAAAAAAGUCAAGUACUGCAGUCAACUUCAUCAAGUAUCGCAUUGGAAAAAUGGACAUAAAGCUAGUUGUGGUACCGAAGCAAAAGAACUUAGUCUUGAAAAAAAUCAAUUUCUAUUUCCUGAGUUUGAACUUGACAUGGAAGAAGAAGUAUAUUCUGAAAAAAGUGAUGCUGACGUUGAUGUAGCUGGAGAAUUGAAAAAAAUUGAAGAACUUAAAAUAAAUGGACAAGUUUCAUUACAGUCUGAAGAAAAUGUAGAUGAAGAUCUACUUAAAAUGGCAAAUGGUGAAGUUGACAAGACGUUAUUGAAAUUUAAAAAGAGGAUUCAAAAUGCACCUGAUCAAGUCAUAAGGUAUAAUUUAGGAGGACAACCAUUGUUUGUUUCAUCAAGUGAUCAACCUUCUGAAAUUCCAAAUUGUGAAAAUUGCAACAGUUCAAGGCAAUUUGAAUUUCAGAUAAUGCCACAACUAUUAACUACUCUGAAAAUAGAUAGUUCUACAGACUGUAUACACUGGGGUACAAUAGCAAUUUACACAUGUAAAAAUUCAUGUGAACCAAUUGCAGAUUAUGUGCCUGAAUUUGCAUGGAAACAAGAAUGAUAAGAAUACUAAUCCAUCAAAUCAAAGAUUUAAAAAAUUUAAAUUAAUUUAUAAUUUAAAAUA